AUGAUGCACCAACACAUUUCAGAACAACCUUUGGAACAGGAAGCUGGCCCUUCAAAUCCAGCAGGAUCCCAAAACCUUUCGUCUGUUGUUGCUUCUUCUGCUGGUGACUCAGCCGAGGGUCAUCCAUUGCCACAACCACGCGUUAUUCAGCAGGCUUUAGUUCGUCAACCUACAAUUGCUCAAUUCACUCAGAGAAAAAAACCCCCACACCCCCCAUCCAAUUACACCGUCCGAACAGGAAGGGUUAAAUAA